AUGGCCGCUGCGACGAGUUUUCCCACAGUUGACAAGUGCGCUUCCAUAGGACGAGAGAAGCACACUGUGGUGGCGGACAUGGACGGAACAUUACUCCGAGGAAGAAGCUCCUUUCCGUAUUUUGCGCUCGUGGCGUUUGAGGUUGGUGGCGUGUUGAGGCUUCUCUUCUAUGUCUUGCUGGCUCCCAUUGCUGGCCUUCUCUACUACUUUGUGUCUGAGUCCGCCGGCAUCCAAGUCCUCAUCUUCGCCUCCAUGGCCGGAAUGAAGGUGUCAAGCAUCCAGUCGGUGGCGCGUGCGGUGCUGCCCAAGUUCUACGCCGGUGACCUCCACCCGGAGAGCUGGCGCGUGUUCUCUUCAUGUGGUAAACGGUGCGUACUGACGGCGAACCCGAGGAUAAUGGUGGAGCCGUUUCUGAAGGAAUUCUUGGGGGCCGACAUGGUGUUGGGGACGGAGAUAGCGACGUAUAAACGAAGGGCCACAGGUUUGGUUUCAAAAGCAGGGAUACUUGUGGGGAAGAAGAAAGCUGGAGCGUUAAAGAAAGCUUUUGCCGAUGAACAGCCAGAAAUUGGACUUGGUGAUAGAUCAACCGAUGCUCCUUUCAUGGCUUUGUGCAAGGAGGGAUACAUCGUGCCACCGAGACCGGAAGUGAAAGCCGUAGCAAGAGACAAGCUUCCGAAACCCAUCAUCUUCCACGACGGUCGUCUCGUCCAGAAACCCACACCACUCUUGGCUUUGCUCACAAUCCUGUGGAUCCCCAUCGGCUUCCCUUUGGCCGUCCUCCGCAUCGCCGCCGGAGCACUCCUGCCGAUGCACUUGGUCUACUAUGCCUUCUGGGCACUUGGCGUACGUGUGAAGGUCAAGGGCACACCGCCGCCGCCGGUGAAGAAACAUCAUGGUCAAUCCGGAGUCCUCUUUAUAUGCUCUCACAGAACGCUACUUGACCCUAUCUUUCUCUCCACCGCCCUUGGUCGCCCCAUCCCCGCCGUCACCUACUCCGUCUCCCGCCUCUCUGAGAUCAUCUCCCCGAUCAAGACCGUCCGUCUGAGCCGUGACCGGGCCACCGAUGCGGCCAUGAUAAAGAAGCUCUUGGAGGAAGGCGACUUGGCCAUAUGCCCCGAAGGGACAACUUGUAGGGAGCCAUUUCUUCUGAGGUUCUCGGCUCUGUUCGCUGAACUGACCGACGAGCUCAUGCCGGUGGCCAUGGUGAACCGGAUGAGCAUGUUUCAUGGAACGACGGCGAGAGGGUGGAAAGGGAUGGAUCCAUUUUACUUCUUCAUGAACCCUAGCCCAGCUUAUGAGGUAACGUUCUUAAACAAGUUGCCAAAAGAGCUGACUUGUAGCUCAGGCAAAUCAAGCCAUGAAGUUGCGAACUAUAUACAGAGAGUGAUUGCCGCGACAUUGUCGUAUGAGUGUACCAGCUUUACGAGGAAGGAUAAGUAUAGAGCACUGGCUGGGAACGAUGGCACUGUGGCGGACAAACCUCUGGUCAAGCCAAACAAGGUGAUGGGCUGCUGA